AUGCCCGGCGCGACGGAUUCCGCGACGGCGCCGCAACCGGCGCGAUUCGCCUUCUUAUUCCCGGGCCAAGGCUCGCAGGCGAUCGGCAUGCUCGCGGACGACAAGUUGCUCGAACUUCCCGCGGUGGCGAAAAUGUGCGAAGUCGCGCGCGAGGUGCUCGGGUACGACCUUCGCGAGAUUUGCGUCAACGGUCCGAAGGAAAAGCUCGACGACACCGUGUACGCGCAACCCGCGCUCUUGCUCGCCAAUCUCGCGGCGUUGGAAAAGCUUAAGGAUCAAGACCCCGACGUCGUCAACGCGUGCGAUGCGUGCGCGGGAUUGUCGUUGGGAGAGUACGCCGCGCUCGUCUUCGCCGGUGUGCUGAGCUACGAGGACGCGUUUAAAGUCGUCAAAGCGCGCGCCGAAGCCAUGGCGGCGGCGGCGCGCGAGGGCUCGCACGGCAUGCUCAGCGUCGUGGGUUUGGACGACGACGCGUUGAAAACGAUCGUGGAAGAAUCGAAGAACGAAGUCAUCGCGUCCUCGCCAGACUGCGUGCUCGAAAUCACAAACUUUCUGUUCCCCCAAGGCCGCGUGUUGUCGGGCGACAAAGUCGCGCUCGACGUCGCGCAGCGCCGAGCGCAAGCCGCGGGGGCGAUUAAAGUCGCGUUUUUGGCCGUCUCGGGCGCGUUUCACACCAAACGAAUGGAAUCCGCGAAAGAAGCGCUCGAAAAGGCGUUGAGCGAAGUCACUUUCAACGCCCCGCGCGCCAACGUCGCGAUUUACUCCAACGUCACGGGUUUGCCGAUGACGGCGAAGGACGCCGACGGCGUGCGCGCGUCGUUGGCCACGCAGUUGGUGUCGCCCGUCAUGUGGGAGCAGACUUUGAAAAACUUGAUCGGCGACGGCAAGACGAAAUUCUUCGAGCUCGGUCCGAACUCGCAAAUUAAGAGCAUGACCAAGCGCGUGUCGCUCGACGUCUGGCGCGAGAUGAAGGGCGUGCAGGCGUAG